AUGGGUAAUUCUCGCUCUGGUUCUUCAUUUACUGCCACUCCAAUGAUUUCUGACUCUUCGGACGACGAUGUGAAUGAACAAGAUACUCAUGCCAACGGAUUUGACUCUGCUUCUCGCCUUGGCUCACCCUCGAUUUCUUCAGUUCACGACUCACGGGCAGAGGUCGACGAUGACAGCGUCACUUGCCUUUGGGAUGACUGUGGACUUGUAUUUACGGAUCUCCAAGUAUUCAUUGAUCACAUUCAUAACGGACAUAUCGGUGUCAACAAAUCAAAUUACACAUGUGAAUGGGCCACCUGCCAUCGAAGAGGCCUCUCUCAGACUUCGCGCUUUGCUCUUAUAUCUCACAUCCGGUCACAUACUGGAGAAAAACCAUUUGUAUGCUCGUUACCAGAGUGUGACAAGUCCUUUACCCGAUCCGAUGCUCUAGCAAAGCACAUGCGCUUACAGCACAGUAUCGAACCACCAGCGCCUGGUCGCGGUGGAACCCGUAAACGAAAACGAGACGAGACCUCUCCCCCGCCAACCAAUGGUGCAGCACUAGCGAGUGGAAGCGGUUUUAGAACAUUCAAGGUGGAACAGCCUUGGCCCCCAGUUGAUGAAGAAGAGGAAUCUGCAUUAGAUGUUCUCCCAGCCCAUCUCAAAUCUCAAUUCGACUCAUCUUCGAGGCGGGUUAUGGGACGUUCACCAGAAAUGGUUAUGUAUAUCUUGACGAAGGCGAAACACAAGUAUGCGCUGCAACGGCAGGAGGCUUUGCUAGCCGAACUGACGUUGGCCAGCGCAGAGUUAAACAGGGUGAGGGGUGAAAAAGAUGCGAUGAUGGAUCGAGUAUUGCAUGCUACAUUUGGCUCUCAGGCCGAAGUUUUCACAAAACCCAUACAGAAACCUGCAGCAAUGAUUUUGGAUCAGAAAGCUAUUCUUACUUAUGCGAAUGGUGCUGAGUCUGGACAUUGA